AUGGUCUCAAUGUUUACUAGCAGGUCAGAAGAGGUCCGUGAGGAAAGGCGUGGAGGAGCCCAAGGUACUAAGCCCACUCCAGAAACUAAACCAGCAAAAGAAGAAAAGAAACCAAAAUAUGAAGAGUUCAGAAGAGAAACUCACGGACACCCAGGAACAUCAGGCCCAUAUUCUGAAGACACUUAUUAUGCUAUGAAGGAUGAGAGUGAUAUUUCUACUGAUGGGGGAAGAACUAAGAAGAAAGUUGAGAUGAAAAGUGAAACACAUGUAGAAGUAAUGUCAGACAAGAAGGUUGAGGUCUUUGAAAGCACAAGUGUUGAUGUUUCACCAAAACCCAAGAAAAAGCAAGUGGUGAAAAUGGAACAGAAACAUGAAGUGAAGGCAAUUCAAGAUUCAAGACCUACUGAGACAUCUGCCCCUGUUCCUGCCUCAGAACCAAAAGUGAAGUCUACACCUCCAGCAGAAGCAAAAAUAAGUGAAAAAGAAAUUAAAGUAUCAUCAGUUAGUGAGCGUAAGGAGCAUUUAGUAAAGCAAUCAUUUACAUCAGAAAAACAAGUCUUACCACAGCCAGUGAAAAAGGUGAGUCUAAAAACUGAACCUGAGAAGGAUGUGAAAACACCUAUAAAAGUCCCCAGAAUUGAACCACUUAAAUCUACUGGUCUUGUAAAACAGGCAGUCACUAUCCAAGAAAAAGAAAAGAUAGAAUUGGAUUUGAAGCCUUUCCCAUUUGAACCUGAGCCAGAGAAACCAAAGAAGCCAAGAGGACCUCCACCUUCUCAUCCAAGCAAGUUUAAGAAAGGGGAAUUCCAUGAGAGUGACUAUGACAGUGAUUAUGAAGGAAAAAUAGCACCUAAAUGGAAACCUGCAGACAGUGAUGCUGAAGAAAAUGUUUAUGGCAAAGUUCAGCCACCACUUGGGAAGGGCAAAGUGUCACAGCCACACGUGAGAACACCUACACCUCCAUCAGCUUUUGAUCAGCCACCACAAUUUGAAGGACCAGCAAGGCCUAAAAUUGAUUUUCCUGAAUCAGAAACUGAGCCAGAACGGGAUGUGUCACCAGAGAUAGUCAUUCCAGAGAAAGUAGAGUAUGUAGCUCCUCCUGAACCCCCAAAAGUUGCACCAAAAGAGCCAAAAAUUUUCAGGUCGCAGCCACCUAAAAAGGAACUUCCUAAAAAGGAACCACCUAAAAAAGAGCCUCCACCUAGGUCACCAUCACCUGUUUUGCAGCCUGAUAACAAAGAUAGCAGACUCCAGUGCCUAUCGUCCACACCACUUGGGAAGGGCAAAGUGUCACAGCCACACGUGAGAACACCUACACCUCCAUCAGCUUUUGAUCAGCCACCACAAUUUGAAGGACCAGCAAGGCCUAAAAUUGAUUUUCCUGAAUCAGAAACUGAGCCAGAACGGGAUGUGUCACCAGAGAUAGUCAUUCCAGAGAAAGUAGAGUAUGUAGCUCCUCCUGAACCCCCAAAAGUUGCACCAAAAGAGCCAAAAAUUUUCAGGUCGCAGCCACCUAAAAAGGAACUUCCUAAAAAGGAACCACCUAAAAAAGAGCCUCCACCUAGGUCACCAUCACCUGUUUUGCAGCCUGGUACUCCUCCUGAAGAACUUUAUGCUGAAUCUAAGCCUAAAGAGUCACCAUUUUCAAAUGCUAUUGGUGUUGAGUCAACAAAGAUAACAAAGAUAGCAGACUCCAGUGCCUAUCACAAACGCUUUGUUACUAUGCAACAAACAACUAGAGUUAUAAAAUUCACUGAUUCAAGGACUGCAACAACUUCAACUGAAAGUCAACAGACAUCAUCCUCCGAAAGGAAGUCAAGGUCUACUAAAAGAGAAGAACCUAAAAGGGAACCACUACCAGCUUUAGAACCUUUCCCAUUCACUCCUGAUCCACCAAAGCCAAAGAAAGAUAGGGGUGUACCACCACCAAAACCCAAAAAGUUCCACAAAGGUGAUUUUACUGGGAGUGACUAUGAAAGUGACUAUGAAGGUCGUAUCCGACCAAAAUGGCAACCUCCUGACAGUGAUGCUGAAGAUCCAAAUUACACAAAAGUUAAGCCACAGUUGAGAUCUGACAGGACACCCUCAAAAACAAGAGAGAGAACACCAACUCCUCCUACAAUUUUUGAUGUUCCACCAGAAGAAGGACCUUGGCGUCCGUCUGUUGAGAGGGUUGAAAUUACUGUAGAGAGUGCUCCAAGCGCAGAGAUUCCUAUCCCCAAGGAGGUACUGAAAAAGGAAAUGCAAAAGAAAGUUGUUGUAAAGGCUACGAAGUCUAUUGAGAAACUUCCAGAACGUCCAGUAUCACCAGAGCUGCCUCCCCCAGGGACUCCACCAGAAGAAGGAGUCAUUAUUCAGCAAACUGAGUAUGUAGUUGAUAAAGUAGAUGUAAAGUCAAGAAUUUUACCUCCCCCAAUGCAAGAAGUGCAGACAUAUGAAGAAAAGCCAUACACAAAAAUUAUUGAAAGAACAGAGAAAACAUUCACUGAUAUUAAGCUGGAAGAAGAAAUGAGAAUGAGGAAGGAGAAAAUGGAAAGGAAAACAACCACUGAAACUGAUUAUGAGCAAGUUCCAGAACGACCUCCUCCCCCAGUUGAAGAAGAGCAUGUGGUUGUGGAAAGUGAAAGGGUCAUGGACCUGGAACCAUUCCCAUUCACAGUUGAGGAGCCAAAACCUAAGAAAGAGAGAGGCCCACCUCCACCAAAACCAAAGAAGUUUUAUAAGGGAGAGUUUAGGGAGAGUGAUUAUGAAAGUGAUUAUGAAGGAAGGCUAAAACCAAAGUGGAAACCAGCCGACAGUGAUGUAGAAGACCCAGAAUACACUCCAGUCAGACCUCCUCCACCCAGAGAACGAACAGUUUCUAAAAGUAGAGACCGAACUCCAACUCCUCCAUCUAAAUUUGAUGUCCCACCCACAUCAGGUGAACCAUUGAGGCCAGUAAUUAAACCAAUAGAUCAGCCUCUUGUGCAAGCAUUUAAGGAAACAUCUCCAGAAAUCAUCAUUCCAAAGAUUGAGGAAAAGGUGAGUAAGACCCCGAAGGUGGUUCCAAAAGCUCCUUCAAUAAAGGUGAAACAGGAAGAGCCGGAAAGGCCCAAAGUGCCAUCCCCUCCCUUACCCGAGCCAGGACCACAACCUGAAAUUGGAUAUGUUGAAGGUGGAACAGCAAGUAUUGUUCAGGAAGAAGAGGAUGCACACAUUCGAAUGAUUAAGAAAAAGAUUGAAGCUAAGAAAGGUUUCCAGAUAGAUAUUGAUAUUACAGAUAUAUAUGACUUUGUAUCUGAGUCAGAGCUUGAAAAAACAGAUACAGAAUCAGGAAAGGGGAAGCAGUUCCCUAAAUUAGAACCGUUCCCCUAUGAACCAGAGCCACACAGACCAAAACGUGAAAGAGGUCCUCCACCUCCUCAACCAAAGAAAUUCUUCAAAGGAGAGUUCAGAGGCAGUGACUACGAAAGUGAUUAUGACAGCAGGCCAAUUGCUCCCAAGUGGCUUCCUCCUGAUAGUGAAGGGGAAGAACCAAUGUAUAGACGAGUUGCACCCCCUGCUGGGGAUCCUGGCAAGCGUCGAAGUGAAUCUUCAGGCAGGGAUCCAUCACCUCCUUCCAAGUUUGAUCAACCCCCUCAAUUUGAAGGUCCUCCACGCCCAGUGGUGGAGCUUUCAGAUAUACCAAGAAGGGAAAGACGUGAGUCCUUGGAAGAGUACUCCAUACCCCGGUUCCCAAAAGUAGAAUUCAAACCAUUUGAUCUGGAAGAUGAAAACAGACACCAUCCUCACAUUUCUCAUACAGAUACUGAAACGGAACCAGAAGCACUUACACAGCCUUUAUCACCAACCAAAACUGGCAUUGACAAAAAGUAUGCUAAGUCUGCACAGAAGGUAGUUAGCCACCAGUUUGAGGACAUGACACAGACAUUCCGCCACAAAGCCCAGAAAUUUGCUGAGCAGCUAGUGACUGAGGUAUUUGCUGCCAGGGAGGGCUCAGUUCCAGCUGAGCCUGCAGGUGAACCUCCAUCCAUGCCCGAAGAACUCAAAAAGCAAUCUGUCUCACCAGUCUCCACUGCUGCACCUCCUACUACUGCUGAUGGACUUGCAACUGAUGUCCAGGAACCUCAGGCCUAUAGAGAUGAAUCCAGGGUCUCCGAAUUUGGCACAAAACACAUUGAUCCAGACACAGGUCUGAUCUACUUCAAAUAUGACUUUGGAUAUGAAUUUGGAGUAAUUCUACCUGGAGAAGCAAAGAAGUUGGAAAAGAAGAAAGAAGUUAAUGGUGAUCGCAGCACAGACAUCCCUAUACCAGUAAUUCAUGAGAAAUCUGGUACUUCUUGCAAAUCUGAGAUAAGCAGCACCAAGACAAAUGGACACAUACAGACACCACAGGAAGCAUCCUUGCAAGAAGAGCCUCCUCACACAACAGGGAAGACUUUAUCAACAGAGGCUCCAGAAGAAGAUCACACAUCUCCUCAGCCAUCACUGCAAUCAGACAUCUCGGAAACAGACCGUGAGUAUCAGCAGUAUAUGGGCAAGAUGAUUCCUGAAUUUGUGCCCAAGAAGCAAGCACAGUUCCGUCCCAUUUCGGGUGACCCAUACUCAGACAGCGAGGCUGAGUCUGAUCACCCAAGUCCAACCAAGAUCUCAGAGCCAGUUCAUGGUAUUGAUACAGGCCCUAAGAGAUUUAUGCCUUUGGUUCCUGGUGCAGCAGUUCAACCCAAGUCAGUACGCCCCAUCCACGAUGCUCCAGUGGAUCCGCUCAGCACUGUCGCAGAACUGGGAGGUAUUGGUGAUCUGUGUCCCUAUGUGGUGGUGUCUUCCUUUCCAUCCGCCUGCCUAUUUCAUGCAUAUGAAUGAAAAAACUAAUAUUUU